AUGGAGCCUCGAGCGCGCGCCGCCAAGAAUGUCGGCAAGAUGAACUUCACCCACAACGAGCUGGCAAUGCUCCUCUACGCACACGGCGACAUCAAGAACCCCCUUCCGGAGACGGUCCGCGUCCUGGACGAGAUCCUGACCGACUUCAUGCAGUCGAUUGCCUUCGAGGCCGCCCGCGCUGCGCACUACUCCGGCCGCCAAAAGAUCAAGUACGAGGACUUUGAGUUCGCCUUCCGCAAGAACCCGGCCUUUCUGGGCAAGGUACAGGAGGUGUUCGAGAAGCAGAAGGAGAUCAAGAGGGCCCGAGACAUUAUGCGAGAAGGAGGCGAGGACGAGAUCAUGAAGGAGGCGGCCGAGGAGGAGAAGAAGAGGGACAAAGAGGCAAAGGCCAACGCGGCUGCGGCUGCGGCAUCAGCUAACGGGGCUGGCUCGGCUGCAACGCCAAAGAGCAACGACGGUGGUCAUGGUGCUUCCGCUGCUGCUGCUGCUGCUGCCGACGAGGAACUGGGUGAGGCGGACGAUGACGAUGCGGCCGAGGCAGAUGCUCUCGGUAAUAAGAAGAAGUGA